GCAGCUUCCCCUUUUGUGCCCUGCUCCAGGCACAGGCUCCUUCGCCCUCAGUGCCUCAGAGGCGGGGACGGCAGCACCAUGGCCCCUCGCGCGGCUGCCACCCGCCCGACCUGCUGCUGCUUGAAUGUCCGCAUUGCCACCACCGCUCUGGCCAUCUACCAUGUGAUCAUGAGCAUAUUGCUGUUCAUCGAGCACUCCGUGGAGGUGGUCCACGGCAAGGCCUCCUGCAAGAUUUGGCGGACAGGCUACCUCAGGAUCGCCAACCUGAUCUCCAGCUUCCUGCUCAUCACCAUGCUCUUUGUCAUCAGCUUGAGCCUGCUGAUCGGUGUGGUCAAGAACCGGGAGAAGUUCCUGCUGCCCUUCCUGUCUCUGCAAAUCAUGGACUUCUUCCUGUGCCUGCUCACCCUGCUGGGCUCCUACAUUGAGCUGCCUACCUACCUCAAGUUUGCCUCCCGGAGCAGCAGGGCUGGCCCCUCUAAGGUUCCACUGAUGACCCUGCAGCUGCUGGACUUCUGCCUGAGCAUCCUGACCCUCUGCAGCUCCUAUAUGGAAGUGCCCACCUAUCUCAACUUCAAGUCCAUGAACCACAUGAAUUAUUUCCCCAGCCAGGAGGGAAUGGCUCAUAAUCAGUUCAUCAAGAUGAUGAUCAUCUUCUCCAUUGCCUUCAUCACUGUCCUCAUCCUGAAGGUCUACAUGUUCAAGUGUGUAUGGAGAUGCUACAGGCUCAUGAAGUGCAUGAACUCGGCCGAGGAGAGGAGCAGCUCUGCGAUGCUCCAGAAGGUGGUCCUGCCAUCCUACGAGGAAGCCCUGUCUCUGCCAUGCAAGACUCCCGAGGGGGGCCUGGCGCCGCCCCCAUACUCAGAGGUCUGAUGCUCGCCGGGCCCCAGCCCUGGUGCCGGGAGGGGCGGAGCUGCCUUGCGAUCCACUUCUUUGCUUUGGUGGCCCCUGUGGCCUGGUUGAACCACCCAGCUGACUUCAGGACAAUCUGCUUGUGUCCCCCUCGCUGGCCUGCUUUUCCUGUGGGGCCUGGGAGAUGCUCACACUUGGAUCAAACUUUUAGGCUGAUUGACUCCUUGGGUCAGUGCAACCACACUCGGCUUGUUUUGAUCAGCACUGAUGUUUGUUUAAAUGAUCGGUCAUUCUAAAUUCCGUGAGUGUGGUUCCAUAGCUUUCAGUGUAACCAGUUUAACCAAGUGCCUGAUGAAUCAAAAGCACACUUGUUAGUUCAGUAACAUCAUUUGGUCAAAUAACAACAGCCUCUUGCAUUGGUUUGUAAAUAGUUGUCAGUUCACACAGCAAUCUAGUCAAGUAACCACCAAUUAGUCCAAGACAGAUGUCCAGUUUCUUCCUCUUCUUAAGCAAUUAUUGUCAGCUAACCAACUGGCAGUCAAUUUUGAAUAGUGGUAAAAUUCAAUAAUAAAAAAAAAUCCAAUUAGCCCUCAAACCAUUCAAUUCAGUCUAAUCCAGUGACCGGCUGCCCACUCUGGUCAGUUCAGUGUGAGUGGCUGAAAAUUGUUAAUUCAAAUGGAAGUUCAGUCAGUUGCCAAGCCAUCAUUUCAUGGCUUCGUUCCAGGAAAUAGCAGUUGUUUCUAUCAUCUGACAGUCCAUUCACACAGACGACUGGUGUGCUGAAGAGUGUCACGGUCAACAAGCAGUCACACGUGGUCAGUGUGGUCAUGCAGCAGGGGGUUCCGAGAAGGGGGCUGCCUCCGCCACGGUAACAGGCCGGCAGUCCACUCCCCUGGCCAGCCUACCCAUUGCCAAUUUGUCGUGGGCAACUCAGUUCUGCCCACUGCUUGUGGUCAUGCAGAAAUUUAGCCCUGAAAUCAGGCAAAUCCGUUUCUUGGACUAAAUCUACAGAUGAGUGAAGUGUAAACAGGCAAACCCUUUGUGGGUGCAGACCUGCCCUGGGGUCUCUUGGUGGUGGCAGUAGGGGAAGUUUGGGUCUAACACCCCCCCUUUGCCUUCUUCCCUGUGGGCUGGGGCUCCUGAGGGAACUGACCCGAAGGAGGAGACAGGGGCAAGGAGGCAGGUUGUCUGGGGUCUGCGAGGGGGUACAGAGGGGAGAGCUGUGCAAGAGGCUCACCACCCCCUGUGGAAUUGCUUUGUGUGUGAUGGGGAAGGAGUUUCAAUAAAGCAGCAACAUGCUUCUC